UGAGAAGGAAGUUAUGUAAUGGUGAGACUCAUAACCUAAAACUUCAGAUCUCCUUCACUCUGCUAUACACAAAAUUCCAUUACAUGAAACUAUUUCAUCAGAAACAAAGAAGAAGAAAUUAUGCAUAAAACAGCACAAUCAUGGUUUACAGGAGGGCCAAGUAACGAUCUGGAAAAGACACAAUCGUCCCUUUUAGCUGAUUGGAAUGCUUACGCUGCUGCCCAAAAUGAGGAGGGUUCUUCAUCUUCCGAUCUAGGGUUCGAUCUCGAGGCCGCCGUCAGAGAUAAAGUCUCCGGCACUUUUAACGUGGUUUCUAAAGGAGUAAGAGAUUUACCAGGAAGCUUCAGUUCCGCGACCAGCAAUGUUCCCUCGGGGAAGUCCCUUAUGUACUUUGGUUUAUUUCUUGCAGCUGGUGUAUUUUUCAUCUUCAUUGCAUUCACUAUGUUCCUCCCUGUCAUGGUGCUGAUGCCUCAGAAAUUUGCUAUCUGCUUCACAAUUGGUUGUGCAUUCAUUAUUGGCUCAUUCUUUGCCCUCAAAGGUCCAAAGAAUCAGCUUACACACAUGACAUCAAAAGAGAGACUUCCUUUUACAGGGUUAUUUGUUGGCAGCAUGGUAGGGACGAUUUACGUCUCUAUGGUACUUCACAGUUAUAUUCUUUCUGUGCUCUUCUCAGUUAUACAGGUCCUUGCUCUAUCUUAUUAUGUUAUCUCCUACUUCCCCGGAGGUUCAGCUGGGAUGAGAUUUCUCUCUUCAACCCUUACAUCCACUAUUUUCAGAUGUUUUGGAAGGUGACAACAUCUCUCCGCCGUCCUGACAAUUUACCCUUACUUUUGAGAAUAGUCCAAAGUUUGACAAACUAACUGUAUGCUCUUGAUGAGUUGAUUGAAUGAUAAAUGAUGAGAAGGGAAUCAAGAUUUAUUUUUGGCUCAUCUUUUUUCUUACUUUUGUGCGCAUUUGAACUUGAUUGGUAGUUGGAUUAGUUGUUUACAUA